AUGUCGGCAGCCUUGGAGGCGGCGCAGCUGACGGCAAAGGAGGCUCUGGAGUCUAAGGAGGCGAUCCAGGUGGCCUUUGAGGAGUCGGAGCGAGUCAGGGCUUUCCGAGAUCGAGGCUGCCGUCCAGGAGGCGAUACGGGGGUACCGUCGGUCUACCGAGUUUUCUACCUUGCUUGA